CAAUUUUUCAUCAACAAUACAUUUGAGAUAUAUCAAGAGUCCUCGAGACAUCUACAACAAUACAAUGAAGCUUUCUUGUGGUACAAGUUUUGUGUUCUUGGUUUUGUUUCUCUUUGCAGCACAAUCUGUGCAUGUAUAUGCGGGGAGCUUCCACAAAGACGUUCAGAUACAUUGGGGUGAUGGCCGUGGAAAGGUUCGUGACAGAGAUGGAAAGCUUCUUUCUCUCUCGCUAGACAAAUCCUCUGGAUCAGGCUUUCAGUCCAACCAGGAGUUUCUCUAUGGCAAAGCCGAGGUUCAGAUGAAACUUGUUCCUGGUAACUCUGCUGGAACAGUAACAACAUUCUAUCUAAAAUCUCCCGGAACUACAUGGGAUGAGAUUGAUUUUGAGUUCUUGGGAAACUUAAGUGGUCAUCCAAUUACUCUCCAUACUAAUGUCUACACAAAAGGCUCAGGAGACAAAGAACAACAGUUUCAUCUUUGGUUCGACCCAACCGUUAACUUUCACACUUACUGCAUCACAUGGAAUCCCCAAAGGAUUAUUUUUACUGUUGAUGGCAUUCCUAUUAGAGAGUUCAAGAACUCCAUGUCACGUGGAGUCCCAUUCCCAACAAGCCAACCAAUGAGGCUCUACGCGAGUCUGUGGGAAGCCGAGCAUUGGGCCACAAGAGGAGGGUUAGAGAAAACAGAUUGGUCAAAAGCUCCUUUUACGGCUUUCUACAGAAACUACAAUGUCGAUGGAUGUGUUUGGGCUAAUGGGAAAUCAUCUUGUCCCGCAAAUUCCCCAUGGUUCACUCAACAACUCGAUUCGAACGGCCAGACAAGAAUGAAAGCGGUACAGAGUAAAUACAUGGUUUACAACUAUUGCAAUGAUAAAAAUAGAUUUCCUCGAGGUGUUCCUGCAGAGUGCAGCUAAAUUGUUGAUUCUUUGAUUCGUUAAUUAAUAAGUUAUACUUGCCGUUGGCUUUGUAACUCAAAUGGUUUUUUACUAUUUUCUAUGAUUAUAUCAUUCAUUUGUUGCUCAUAUAUAUAUGUGUGUUGUUUGUGUAAGAUGAUUUUUAAGAAG